AUGGCUGACUUAUCAUCUCCAGUUCAAACAAAAGCCGAUGCGUCGAAACAAGCAUCCGUUAUCGCCGAAGUGCAAGAAAGCGAUGAACCCCAUCGUGAUAUUUCUGGUGACGUUAUCGAGGAUGGCCUACGAAGAGGGCUUAAGGGCCGUCAUUUUAUGAUCAUUGCCCUAGGAAGUAUUAUCGGACCAGGUUGCUUUUAUGGCUUAGGCUAUGGAAUCUAUGAAGCUGGUCCAUUGGGGCUCUUGAUUGGCUUUUCUAUUGUGGGAGCCUCGGUGUGGAUUUUGAUGCAAAGUGUUGGAGAGAUUGCUACGCUUUUCCCAGUUCAUGGUGGCUUUGUUGAGCACUGUGAUCGAUUUGUGGAUCCAGCCUUCAGCUUUGCAGUAUCUUGGCUGUAUUAUUUCAUGUGGAGUGUAUUUCUAGCAUCGGAUUGGAACAACGCCACGGUCUUCCUUCAAUUCUGGAUUCCCGACACCACUAUCCCCGUUUGGGCUUGGUAUAUCUUGUUCUUCGUCUUCUUCUCCAUUUUAACAACUCUUGGGGUGAAUUUUUACGGAGAGACCGAAUACUAUUUUGGCAUGUUCAAGUUCCUGUCACUGAUCGUGCUAUUCUUCAUUUCGAUUCUUGCCGAUACUGGAGCGUUCGGGAAUGGGUAUGUCGGAUUCACAUACUGGAAAGAACCAUAUGGUCCAAUUCGAAAUGGAAUCAAUGGAUUCGGCCAAGUAUUUGUUCUGGCCGCCGCAUAUUAUGUUGGAACUGAGAUUGUUUCUGUCGCUGCGGGCGAGUCUAAAAACCCUCAACGCGACGUUCCUCGUGCCACCAAUUCUAUCCUAUAUCGUAUUCUGUUCGUCUUUAUUGUGCAUCCAGCCUCUAAAACGGCAUCGUCUCCGUUUACUAUUGGAUUCAUUCUUGCUGGGUGGAAAUCUUCCGGGCAUUUCGUCAACGCCAUCAUCCUCAUUGCCUUCAUAUCCGCUGCGAAUGGAGUAGUUUACAUCCAAUCACGAACGCUCUACUCUCUCGCUUUGAAACGGAAAGCGCCUUCUUUCUUCGCAAUAACAAAUGCUAGGGGAGUCCCGUACCCGGCAAUCAUAUUCUCAAAUAUGUGGGGCUUCUUAGGUCUGAUGUCCUUGCAAACAACAGCUGGGAGCCUCUUUUCCUAUUUCACCUCCUUUGGCGGCACAGCAGCUUAUAUCGCCUGGGCUGCUAUCACAUUUGUUCAGCUUAGGGUUCGCGCUGCUGCAAAGAAGCAAGGUAUCGACGCUAAAACAUUCCCCUUCAAAGCGCCAGGUCAUAUUUUGGUCUACUGGGGCAACCUCUUUUUCAAUAUUUUUUUGCUCUUGAUUCAAGGUUUCACAGUAUUCGAGGCGCCUUUCGACUAUAAGUCAUUUAUCGCUUCUUAUAUUAGUAUUCUGGUGUUUUUCCUGAUGUUUAUUGGGUACAAAUGGUGGUUCAAGAGUCAAUGGUCAGUCAUUCCCACAUCAUAUCAAAAUAACAGUCGAUACUCACAUUCAAAUUUUUCUUUAGGGUAUCAUUGGAUCAAAUUCACUUUCCAGACAGACUGA